AUGGAAAUUAUAUACAAGAUAUUUUUUGUCUAUAUUGCAAAAGAUUGCACUAGUCCUAGUUUGAAGUCCAACGAUAAUUUGUCAUCGAGUCAGUCUGAUUGCCUACCUGAGUCAAGUUCGCAUCUGCACAGCCCAUCCUUUACUGCUGGCACUCUGAUAUCUCCACCAGGACCCCAACUAAGCGAGGAACAGCGUCGGCUCCAUCGCCUGGCAUCCCUCCCACGCCUCAUCGAGGUCGAAAGAGUGCUUAUAUUGGAAGCUAGUGCUGCUCUACAGGAGUGCCAAAAUCGGGACAAGAAUUCUGCAGCUGGUGCCAUUCACUCGAAUAAGUGGGGAGCAGGAGAAUCUCUACUUCUUAUGCAUAUUGAGAAUAGCAAAAAAAUGCUUAUUGCCUGUAAGCCAUACAUUGUCCUUCUUUCUUUGCGUAUAUGCAAUUCUCUUUAUUUGAGGCAUACUCAUUUGUUAUAG